CGUAACAGCACUCCGCUCUCAACACCGCAAAAUUUCGAACCGUCAAUCUUUACGAUGUCGGCCGUCAACGCAAGAAUACAAGGUAUAGAAGACACGCUCAAGAAGCUCCUAGAUGUCGUGGAUAAGCAUGGGUCACCCGGCAGGCGCCGGUCCGCCAAAUCGCGCAAGCCAAGCCAACCGCCUUGGAAGACGAUCCGGUCCAUCAUUGAAAAGUUGGCGCAAGACGUUCAGAGUGUUAAAGAAAUGGUUGAAGGCUCCGGUAACAACACGGGGCACGACCGGAGCACGGAAGCUGAUGACGGAAACGCCACUCCGAAAAAUCGACUACAGAUCUUGGAUCAACCACCACAUAAGAGACAGCAAAUUGGCCGGAACUCUUCAGGGACCGCGCAAUGCACACAAAAGGAUGGAUCUUUUUCUGUAGAUUCCAGCGCGAGGCCAGACCGUCCGGCGACACCAACGCCGCUGCUCCAUGGGUUGAACGUGGACGAGAAUCGCGCUCCAUCAACUUCUGUUCCUGAUCCAUCGUGCACCGCCCCAACCACUGUACCGACCACAGUUCCUACUAGAAUGGAAAGCCCACAAGCCAAAAAAAAUACUGCAGUGGGCGUGACUAUGCCGCACCGUUCGAGCCACCCUAUCAUGUCGGCAAUUUCUCAGUCCGACACUUCGACACAGAGCGUCUCUGAAAUUCCUCGAAAUCCCAACAUCACCAUCUCUUAUCGAGUGGAGCAGGGCGUCGUUGUUCUAGUGCCCGUGAACAUGGAGCAGUGUCGCGAUAUGCCGUUUCUUUUCGCUCAGGCCGAGGCACUUGGUGCACGUGAAACAGGAGUGUUCAAGUACGUGCUCCCGAGCGACCUUGAACUCGGCGCCCACGCCGUCCCUAGGAUUACAACGCGUAUGUCUAAGUUUGGGUCUCGCCUCGGGCCGGACGACAUCUUUCAUAUUUCACGGACCGAGGAUCCGGAGACGCCUGAGAUCAGCGAGACCAGCUUCACACCCACAGAGCCAGAUGAACUAUCAGAGAUGUUGGAGCGUCGUCUGGCCGAUCCUGAGGCGAUAAGCAAGAUGCGAUACUGUACCGAUCUCCCGGCGCAGACUGCCGAAGCUCGGCGACAAUUGGGCUUACCCGCAGAGUCCCCCAUCUGGCCUCUGAAAAGUAAUAUGUUGGAUUGCACCAAGUACCGUGUCCCGGGACUCCACUGGCCGUAUGGAUAUGUGUCGGGCGAUGACGGAUCGCUAUUUGUCAUACACCGUGAGGAUGGCAAGCUGCCGUCGCUGAAUGUCCUACACUAUGGCAGAGAGAAACUCUGGUAUGUGGUGGCUCGGAAAGAUGGCUACCUCGUCGAAAACGAAGUGAAACGCGGGAAAUGUGAGCAGAAAGUACGACACGCUUCGCGCUGGAUUCCGCGGUCAAAGCUCAGAGCCAUUGGUGCUUCCUUUGUCACAUUCGUCCAACGUGCCCGCGAGGUGGUCGUGGUGUGGGGCGAUAGCUACCAUCAAGGUGGUACCGUUGGCCCCACCGUUGCCGAAGCCGUGAACUAUGGCGGCCCUGGUUGGAGCAUCGAAGGUUACUCUGAAUGCAGCCCCAAUUGCGAUGGAUAUCCUAUCCCAAAUGCGUUCUUGGAGUUCCGUUCCCCGAAUGAACCACAGCGCGAGCAAGGCGGCGAAGUUUCACAGACAGUUCACGCCUCGAAAGUACGACACGCUUCGCGCUGGAUUCCGCGGUCAAAGCUCAGAGCCAUUGGUGCUUCCUUUGUCACAUUCGUCCAACGUGCCCGCGAGGUGGUCGUGGUGUGGGGCGAUAGCUACCAUCAAGGUGGUACCGUUGGCCCCACCGUUGCCGAAGCCGUGAACUAUGGCGGCCCUGGUUGGAGCAUCGAAGGUUACUCUGAAUGCAGCCCCAAUUGCGAUGGAUAUCCUAUCCCAAAUGCGUUCUUGGAGUUCCGUUCCCCGAAUGAACCACAGCGCGAGCAAGGCGGCGAAGUUUCACAGACAGUUCACGCCUCGGUCCAGCCUCAAGGGAGCGAGCGACUAGCUAGAAACCGUCUACCAGCUCCGAUUCGGGACGGUAAAGCGACAGCGAGCGAACUUAGUAUGAAUAAGCAGGAGGCCAGAUCCCAAAAGAGGCGCAGAGACGCGCCGAUCCCGCAGCACUCCCGCAAAAAGACCACGAUUCACACCAUGCACAGUUCAGCCGAUACGGUAAUGACUGAAAUUGAGAUCCGCAACGAUCUAGUCUCACGGAUGGUGACGGCCAUUCGGAGUAGAGACGCAAUCCAGCAGUUCUUCGAUAUUGUCCACGGUCGUCGAGACCCCGAACCCACAGCGAUACGAAUAUCUCUCACCACAAAUACGUCUAAAAGACAACUUUGGAUUCAAGAUCCGGCCCAAAUGCUCGAGAACGAUGUGAAAUACCUCAGUAUGCUUUCACGCAAGACUACCUUUCAUGACUUCCUUACUCGGUUGUUCCAAGUCCGUCUUGCCGAUCAUGUCGACGAGAUUAGCCGUGGCCGUCUAAGGAGUGAGCCAGCUGUCAUUGCAAAAAUCCUUCAGCGCACGGGGAUGUCGAAGCGCCAGUACCUGUACCAUCGAGAUAGAGGGGCGAAGUGGCGGGAAUACUGUAAGGCGUUUCCAGGUAUCCUUGGCUUCAUUCCCUUUCAAACUCAAAAAUUUAGCUUUUCUUCAACGUCUUGGCUCAAUCUCGACGAAGGAGACUUUGCCUCCUUACUUUCUCAUCUGAAAUCCGAGUAUACGUCCGCUCUCUGUGUCGCGGGGAGAGCAUUUGAACACUCCCUGGAUCCCGCGGCAGACGAUGUCGAUUUCAUCUGGGAAAACCUGAGCGUAUCAUUGCACAAAAUUUCGGACGGAGAGUUGGUCUCCAUUCUAGGUCUCUUCCCAGCAAAGGACGAAAACAGAUAUGAUCCCGGUGCCUAUCCAGAGUGGCCCAGACCUGACGACUGGCCCAACGAGUCACCGUGGCCGGUUGAUCCAACAUCCCUGCCUCCUUCUGGAGGGGUUCAGUGUAAUGUGUGUCAUCAGAGCAACUGCCCUUGCGGCCUAUGCCAUGAGAGAAAUUGCCUUUGUGCCGCCACUCGUCACGAGACACCGCCUCGCAUUCGGAAUUAUGACGACAAAUAUGGGGGCAAAAAUCGAGGUCUGCAAGCCGUCGCGAAGGAAGCGGGCCAAAUCGCCUAUUCGAAGGGCACCAUUAUCGCCUUCCUUACGGGGACGUUAGCGCCUCCCAAUACGUACGACAACGGUCAAUGUAUACAGGUGGACCGCGGCGAUAUCAUUGGCGAGCCCACAGUCGCCCAGAUCAACUGUGCUGAGUCCGGCAAUAUCUCUCGACUGUUCAACCAUAGUUGUGAGCCAUCGGCCCGCUUCAAGGGCAUGAGGGUAUCAGGGAAGUUUAGGAUCGCAAUCGUUGCUGAACACAAUAUUUAUGAUGGGGAAGAAAUCACUGUCCACUACGGCCAACAGUAUUGGAGAAGGGCAAAAUGUCGAUGCCCUGUAUGUCGAUUAGGCCGGCGACUCUAG